AAUAUAUUUAUGUACAGAGAAAAAUUAAUUUUUUGGUUUUUAAUUAACUUUUUGUCUACGUUGUUACGCCAUCUAUUAAGUGACAACUAAAAAUCAAAGAAACGUCAAAUAAAUCGACAUAACCUAAAAUAAAAGUUUAAUUUGAUUAAAAUGGAAUCAAUUUAUCCACCAAAUACGUUUAUGUGCACAGAAAAAUUAACAUAUUUAAAAGAACAUUUCCAAGAAUUUUCCAACGAUUAUUCUUCCCCAAUUAGGGCAACUCUCCAAGAAACCCACGAAAAACUUUUUGGAGAUAUCUUAUCAGAAGACUUUGAAAAACUUACAACAAUUUGUAAUGUAGAUAAUUUAACGGUACACCAUGAAUUUGAACCAAGUGAAAUGGAGAAAUUUUAUAAAAACAGCCAUAAAGAUUUACCAGAAGAUGCGAAAAAAUUGCACACGAUUCAAGCGAAAAUAUCCUGGGAAAAUAAAUACAAUAAUGUUUCAUCAACAGAACCCAAGCACAUAAAUUUAUUACAAGAUUUUAAUGAGUCAAUUGAUUUUGAACCCGGUUCGGAUGUAAUAAUAACCGUAAAUGUUCACCAGCCGUACACAGGCCAUAUUGGGAUGCUCUCAAAAAGGAAUUAUUGCAUUGGUUUUAUUAAAUCGUGUCAUGAAUUAAUCGCUUUAGGCUCUCAAAGCUUAAAAGACUUAAAAAAUAAGAUUAUUUGUGAUCACAACGAAUUCAGCAAAGAAGUUAAUGAUAUUUAUGAGUCCAACAAAGAUGAUGAGACAAUCCAAAAUGGGUCUUCUUUAAUAUGUAUUGAUGAUAAAUUAUACGUUGAUAUGCCUAAUACUGAUUCAAUUGAUUACUCAGUUGUUGUAAAAAAAUGGAACGAAGAUAACAAAUUAAAAUUAAACUUUACAACAGAUGAUAUGAGCGUGAAACUCCGCGAUUUAAACUUUCGUUUAGGUUAUCCAUAUUUGUAUCAACACAAUGGAAAUUGUGAGCAUCUUUUUGUGUUUUCUGAUGUGCAGUUGGUUAAAAAAUGUCACUCUUUGUGUAGGGAUGAUUAUCCGUAUUAUAAAACUAUUAAUGGGUACAUGUUAAAGAAUUGUAACAUAUGCAAAAAGGUCUCUGCUAAAUGGAUUUGUACCAAUAAUAAUCGCCUAAUUCAUAAUGUAACUUAUUUUUGCCAGGAUUGUUUAAUUUCUUAUAAUUAUAAGGAUGGUGAGAAAAUUGGUGAUUUUAAAUUGUAUCCGCAAAAGAAGAUAUUAAUUCAACAAUAAAUUUUAAAAUUUUUUUUUUAAAUUUUA